GUCCACGCAACAUCCAAAGUUAUUUGCUCCCAGCCAAUUCAUACUACGCGUUCACCCCCAAACCACGCCUACAAUAUAUCUGACCCGACGCAUUUUGUCCUUCCCUUUAUAAAUUGAACGCUCAAACAGCAUUUUCUUAGCUGUGUUAUAUAUAUUUGUCCAAUACCUGCGGAACUCUUCUCGUAAAUUAAGGAAACAGAGUUUUUUUAGUUUCAGAAAAAAUAUCAUUUGUAACUAUGGGAAGUGAAGGUGAUGCCAAUCAGAGGAAACCCAGAUUUCUUUGUCUUCAUGGGUUUCGAACCAGUGGCCAAAUUCUUAAGAAACAAGUCUUUGACAAAUGGCCAACUCAAGUGGUUGAAAAAUUGGAUCUUGUUUUUGUUGAUGCACCUUUUCCUUGUCAAGGCAAAUCUGAAGUUGAGGGUAUUUUUGAUCCUCCUUAUUAUGAAUGGUUCCAAUUCAACAAGGAAUUUACGGAAUAUCAGAAUUUUGAUAAAUGUCUUGCAUACAUAGAAGAGUGCAUGAUAAAACAUGGACCUUUCGACGGUCUUCUUGGUUUUUCCCAGGGUGCAAUUCUUUCUGGAGCAUUGCCAGGGUUGCAAGAAAAGGGAGUGGCACUUACAAAGGUGCCCAAAAUAAAAUAUCUGAUAAUAAUUGGAGGUGCUCAAUUUAAGAAUGAAUCAGUUGCCGAAAAAGCUUAUUCAUCGUCUAUUACAUGCCCGUCCGUUCACUUCUUAGGUGAGCAAGAUUACCUGAAGAAGUAUGGGAUAGAACUGUUAGAAUCAUAUGUUGAUCCAGUGGUGAUUCAUCAUCCUAAGGGCCACACUAUACCAAGAUUUGAUGAGAAAGGAUUAGAGACCAUGCUUAGCUUUAUCGAAAUGGUGCAAUUAGAGAUUAGCAAGUGAAUAAUUUAAGAAAAUCAUUUUUUUGGGUGGAGCUUUGCCCUCCUUUUUUCUAAAAUUUUAAAAUACAAAUUGCUUCUAAUAAUUACAGUUCUUAUGUUGUAUGGAAGAGAAUAUUAGCCUUAUUAGAAAGGUUGCAGAUUUAUGGCCAUGCUAUUAUAUUUAUGUGGUGUGGCAGUGAUUAUUUUAGAUUCUUGAUGUAUUUCUCAUGGUUAAAUAGAAUCCUUUUUCAUUUUUUAUUA